AUGCCCGUUAUGCCUGCACCACGACCAUUCAUCCUAUUCUUCAAUCCAGUCAGACAUGCAAUACCGUUCUAUCAACAGCUACAAAAGGUAGCGCGAACCGAGGUUAUCACAAGCAAGAGUAGAGACGAGUUCUACUCUGAUCUCCAAAGAAAAUACAAGGAUAUCUCAAUCAUCUACAGAACAUCAGCGAGCGGCGCAGUAGCUGGCAACUUCGACGCAGACUUGAUCCAGCAUCUACCUCCUAGCUGUAAGCAUAUCUGCCACAACGGUGCCGGCUAUGACCAGAUCGACGUGACCGCAUGUGCAAAACGCGGAAUCACCGUGACCUACGCACCGGACCCCGUUACCAAAGCGACAGCAGACCUUUCCAUCUGGCUGAUGCUGGGUGCUCUGCGACAACUGAAUCCAUCUCUCAACUCCCUGCGGGCUGGGAAGUUCAAAACAGGGCUUGACUUCGGCCACGACCCCCAAGGCAAAGUCCUGGGUAUCCUCGGCAUGGGCCGUAUCGGACGCGCUAUCAAGAAGCGGGCCGAGCCGUUUGGUCUGAUCACCAAGUACCAUAACCGCAAGCCUCUCUCCUCCGAUCAGGCUGCCGGGGCUGCGUAUGUCUCUUUUGAAAAGUUGCUGGCUGAGAGUGACAUUAUUAGCAUUAAUGUUCCUCUUAACGCGCAGACUAAAGGGCUCAUUGGGGAGAAAGAAAUCUCUCAGAUGAAGAACGGGGUUGUCAUUGUGAAUACCGCUCGUGGCGCAAUUAUAGAUGAGGCUGCGAUGGCAAAGGCGCUGGAUUCGGGAAAGAUUGCUUCUGUGGGCCUAGAUGUAUAUGAGAAUGAACCGCGCGUGAAUGAGCGGUUGCUGCAGAAUGAGCGCGCCUUGAUGGUGCCCCAUCUUGGAACUCAUACCGUUGAGACGCUGGCGAAAAUGGAAACGUGGGCAAUGGAGAAUGCGAGAAGAGCGGCGCUGGGGAAAAGAUUACUCUCGCCUAUUCCAGAGCAUAUUGCUUUGCAGUGA